AUGUUGUUCACAGCUAGACAACGGGUUUGCCUGACGGCGAGACGCUUCCCGACAGCAACCCUCCAGCGCGCAGUUCGAUCAACGUCAACGUCGGCAGGAACUACGGCCAUCUGGAAGAAUGCCGCUUUCAAAGACAAAAGAAGCAUUGCCUAUGCUGCAGGGGGCACCUCCAUAGCGAUUCUUGGAUUGCUGUGGGUGAGGCGAGAUGGAAGCAAAUACCCUGACGAUCCGCGAGAUAUGAAGGCCCUUUCAACGGUCCCUUUUGGCAAAUUAUUCUCCGGCUGGAUCGCCUUUGCAUUCUGCUCCUCGCCAACAUGGGUCGAUAUGAGCGAAGCACUCUACAAUAUUACGUCAAAGAUUCCUCUUGUCUCUUCAAUCACGCACGCAUUUGUCAUGAGAACAUUCUUUAACCAGUUCCUCGGCGGAGAGACAACUGAAGACUGUAUCCCUAAGAUCGAAGCUCUUCGCAAGGAGCAAAUCGGCACGCUUCUCGGCUAUAAUAUCGAGGCAGAGUUGGACGGCUCGAGCAAGGACCCCCAAUUGAUUCUUAAGCAGACACAGCAUGUUUUAUCGUCCAUCGAAGCCCAAGGAAAGCUAGCUAAGAAGUAUUGCCCUGACACUAGUGCUACUGGUGGUGAUAACCGUUCUUGGGUCAGAAUAAAGGUGACUGGCUUGCUGCCUCAUCCUGUUGCCCUAUACAACGGUUCCAAUGCUAUUCUAAGGGCAAGGGAAGACAAGGGACUUAACAAGGAUGUGCCAUACCCAGGACUGCCCUCUGAUGGCGACUGGGAGGCCGCGCUGAGUGGAAAAGGCGUUACUGACUCGGACCGCAAACAAUUGCUGAGCCUGCGAGCUACGCUUGAGGCCAUUGCUAGCAAGGCACGGGAUAAUAAUGUGCGAAUUAUCAUCGAUGCUGAGCAGUCAUGGUACCAGCCAGUAAUUGAUAGCCUGACUGACGAGCUUAUGCAAAAGUAUAACACCUUGGACGGUCCUGCCACCUGCAUUGCCUCAUUCCAAGCCUACCUCCGUCGGUACCCGCAGCUUCUCGACCAGCAGAUCCGUCGUGCUGAGGAAAAGGGCUACAAGUUGCUCUUCAAGCAGGUCCGGGGGGCUUACAUGGUGACGGAGGCUGAGAGAUGGGAAAAGGAGGGCAGGCAGGGACCUGGCCCAGUAUGGCCGACCAAGGCAGAGACUGAUGCAAGCUUCAACCAUGGCAUCGAAAAGACUCUCUCUACUGUCGCUAGCCAGGUGCGAGAGACGGGUCAUUCGAAGCUCGGCGCAGUGUUUGCUACUCACAAUUCUAUCAGCAUUGAUCUCGGAAUUCAGCUGCUAGAAAAGCAUCGGUUGGCUAAGCGCAAGACUGUUGACGGCAAGCUUCUCGUGCCCAACGAGGUAGCUGGUAGCAUUGCCUUUGCGCAGUUGUAUGGUAAGCAGCCUCCUUUGAAACCCAAUUUCGCACGACUCUAA